CAACGGCAAAGAAUCCGUCCGUCCGGCCGUCCGCGUCAGUGUCAGUUCCAAACGCCAAAAUUGAUCUCCACUUCCAAAUCAAAUGGCAACAAGAAAGAGGUAGAUACAACAUACUACUUACUUACUACUGCCUGUCUGUCUGUCUGUCUGUCUGUCUGUAUCGUAUCAUUUGUUUGGAGGAAACGGCGAUUCUUCUUCUUCUCUUCUUCUUCUUCUUCUUCUUCUUCUUCUUCGUGCAAUAGCUGCUGCAACUAACCAUUCGACUGCAUCUCAUCUGCUCUGAUCAAGGUGGGAUUAAGUUCAUUUGAUGGAUAUUUUGGGAUCUCUCGAAGAAACAAAUUACGCCGAUAUCAAGUCCUUCUUUGACUCUGCUCCCAUUUUGAAGAAUGCUGCAGAAAUCAAUAGACAAUUACAAGAAUUUCUUGCAAGAAAUUUCUCAUCUUCUUCUAAUAAUCAAGGAUUAAGAAAAGUUGCGUGCGUAACAUCGGGAGGUACAACUGUUCCUUUGGAACAGCAAUGUGUUCGUUAUAUCGACAAUUUUGCUUCCGGCCAUAGAGGAGCUGCAGCCACCGAAUAUUUUCUAAAAGCUGGAUUUUCUGUCGUGUUUCUUCACCGUAGAGGAACCUGCCAGCCGUACUGUCAGUCGCUUCCUUACGAUCAAUUACUCGAAUGUUUUGAAGUCGAUGGCGAUUCAAAUGUUCGAGUAAAUCCAACGUACGCGAAAACCAUCGAUAAAGCCGUGAGCGCCAAUUGUACCGCGAUUAAUCAAGGCACCUUGUUGAAAAUCCCCUUUACAACAAUUUUCGAGUAUCUUCAGAUUUUGCAGCUGAUUGCGCUAUCGUUGAGAAGAUUCGGGCCGAGAGCUUUGUUCUUCCUAGCUGCAGCUGUUUCCGACUUCUAUGUUCCACCAGGGAGCAUGGCAGUUCAUAAAAUCCAGUCACGCUCCGGUCCUCUAGACCUUCGACUUGUUGAGGUCCCAAAAAUGCUUUCGAUACUAAGGAAAGAGUGGGCGCCGUUGGCCUUUUGCAUUUCAUUUAAGCUAGAGACGGAUACGAAGAUUCUACUAGAGAAGGCCGGCAUGGCGCUUGAGAAGUAUGAUAUGCAUAUGGUAGUAGCAAACGAGCUUUCGAGUUACAAAGAGCGAGUAAUAAUUGUAACAAAGAAUGGAAACAUUAAUGUGAGCCGAGACAUGGCUCGACCGGAUGCAGAUGUUGAGGACCCGUUGAUCGAGCUUGUCGUGGAAAAGUAUUUGGCCUACGCGAGUUCUACUUCAUAA